CUGAAGGAGAGGAUGGAUGCGGAGCAGAGUGAGCGAGAGCGUCAACAGACGAGGCCUGAGGCAGCAGGCCAGUGAGCUCAGCCAUUGCGUGGAGAGAGAGCAGAAACAUAGGAAACAGUUGGAGAUGAAGCUGAAGAUGGCCGAGGCUGCCUUGCAGGCAGAGCGGAGUGUCCAACAAGAAAUGACCUUAGGCCUGCAGGUCCUCCGAGAAAAGCUCAAAGAGGCGGAGAGUGCACAGACGCGCGAGAGCCAACGAGCCAAUGACAUGCAUGUCAGACUCGUACAAGUGGAGAAAGAGCACGUGAGCACUACCACGGAGCUGAGAACACUGCUGAAGGAAGAGAAGGCCACCUCCGAUCGCCUCAGAGAGACCAUACAGGAGCAGCAGGGCACGCACACACACACACAAGAGCAGCUGAACGCGGCUGUACAGAGGCAGAAGUGUCUGGAAGAGGUGUAUGACGGCGUCCUCACUGAACUUGUGCAGCUGCUGCAGGAGCACAGUCAGCAGGGGGAGACAAACACACACACCACAGAAGACGGCAAACCCAGUCCUUCUGUUCUAGUGGAUGCUCUCAGAAGAACACUGAGUCAGUACCAACACAGCCUCGAGAUGGCACAAUCACAGAUGCAGCAGACAGAAGAGAGAAAUAAAAUGCUCUCUCAGGAUAUCUCACAUAAAGAUGAAGUCAGCAACACCAUGAAGAAAGCAUCCCAGGAGCAUGCUGCGCGUGUGUCUGAGCUGACAGAUGAGGUGCAGCGCUUGCGCUCCAACUGCACAGAUGCAGCCGCCGCAGCAGACAGGGCGCAGUCCCAGCUGCAGGAGCUCAAGCAGCACUGUGCAGACAUGCAGGCCCACGUCCACACACUACGGGAGCAGUUCCAGAGAGAGGAGCAGGAGAAGCUGGCGUUCCUCCACUCCCUCUACCAAAGGCUGGUGGCUGGCUGCGUUCUUAUCCAAUCCCCUCAUGGCCUGUUGAGUAGUUUCUCCUGGGCAGAACUUUGUGCCGUGCUGCAGGAUCAGACCGACGUCCUUCUCACCGACCUGCACGCAGCUAAAGAGCAGGUGCUUCACCUGGAGGCUGAGUGUGAGCGUAAGGCACGUUCCCUGCGGGAGCUGCAUGAGGCCCAUGGCGGAGCGGUGGAGGGCCUCACGGUGCAGCUGCGUCUCCGCGAGCAGAGCUGGCUGGCCCAGAAGGAGGAGCUGCUCAGGCAGCAGAGCAGCCUCACCGACGAGCUCCACCUCAGGACCCAGGAGCUGCGCCAUGAGGUAGACGCGUCCAAGGAGCGCAUGUGUGCAGUCGAGCGGGAAAAGGCCUCUGCGGCGACGCGUGCUGCUGACCUCCGGGAGCGUCUCCGGGCGUCCGAUGGCCUGUCCUCGGCUCUGCUCCGGGGCGCCGCCCUGCUGUCCGGCUGCCUGUGCCCUCUCCUGCGCCGCGUCCGCGACCUCGCCCGGCAGAAGCGCGUGUUGACCGCCCGCCUGGACGCCCACACCAAGCUGGAGCGCGAGGUCCAGGCCAUACUGCGGGCGCUGUCCAGCACGGGUCAGGAGGAGAAAACACACACGCAAACGUGCAAGCCCACACCUGAGGCGGAGGCGCGCGCGCAGCGGAGGGGCGUGUGGGGGUUCCGGUGUGCGGUCAUCGGGGUGCUGGCCGCCCAGAGGUUCCGGGCACUCGGCAGAAGCUCACGCGUGUGUUUCGUGGCCGACAACCCGUACGGAGAGGGGGCAGUGCGCGUGAGCGUGUGUGAGCCCGAGGGCAGGAGGAAGAGGAAGGAUGGGGAGAGAGGGACGGAGGAGUGGACGUGGACCCAGAGCUCUGCACUGAAGACGCUCAUCUUAACCGGCACAGAGGAUUGCACAGACAUGGGUAGUAAGUUUUCCAGGUUACUGGAGAGGCUGGCUGCUGACAGUGACGGUUGCUAUGGUUGUUACACGGAGAGGGGCUCGUUGUCAAGACAGCUGGCACAAGGACUCUACCGACUCAGAAAGACUCAGCCCAUUUCAGCUAACCAGUACAACAGCAAGACUGUGGUAUCCUCCCUUCAGCAGCACAUCCUGGGCUUCACACAGCGCCUGCACGCAGCCGAGGUGGAGCGCAGAAACAUGCGCAUGGAGCUCACCCAGCUCCGCCGCCAGCCACUCAUCCCCCCACCCCAGGACCCCAAACACACUGCGUGUGUGCCAGCGGCACAUCUGGAGGAGCUCCUGUGUGAGCUGAGUGCGGCGCUCCAACGAGAGCAGCAGGCUCAGGAGCUGCUCCACCAGCAGGCCCAGCAGCUACAGGAGCUGGGCCUCAGCAUGGAGCUGCACGCCGGGGACCAGCAGGAGAAGGACCGCACACUCACUAUGGCUGUGAAGAGCCUGUCGGAGUGUAAGGCCGAGCUGCACAGGAAGGACCAGUCUCUGCGUCAGUUGGGCAAACACCUGAGCCAAGCCCGGCAGGACAAACAAGAGUUGCAGCAGAGCAUAUGCACGGCAGAGAACGCACUCCGCAUGGCGGUCAAAACGAAGGAUUCCUUGGCCAGCUAUAUGAAGUCAGUCGAGAGUACUCUUAAAGAGGUGAAGGAGCGUAUUGUGCUCCACAGCCCCACCCUCUCCCCACGGGACAUUAUCUGGCAUGUACCCAACAUGCACUUGGAGAUGCCAGGUCCCGAGAGACUUAUGGGCGGGCCAGAGGUGGCAACUUGCCAGGGUGUUGUGAGCAGUUUUGCAGAGGUGUACCAGCUGUUGUGCAGUAAGCUGGUGUGUGUGGAGAGAGAGCUGAAGUCACGGCACUCACACAUCUCUGCCCUCAAGGAGGAGCUACACAACGCCUGCCUCCGAGAGAAAAGCCCUGUGACCGCUGUUCCUGACCCCCCUGUAGUAGCCAGUGGCCCACCUGAGGAGGCGGGCCAUUACGGACCGCUACCUGUCAAAGCCACCUCCACCUCUCAGAAGAGCACUGCUCGGCCAGGGAAGAAGUUGUCCAAAAAACACCUGUAAAGAACCGGCUAGCCAACCUACCGACCAAACUAACAGAUCAGACUCAUGAACAGAAAGCUGAAACUCUAACUGAUGAACAGAAAGCUGAAACUAACUGAUUUUCCUAGGAGACUGAGAUUGUUUAAAAAAAAAAUUUAAAAAAACUUUUGAUAUUAUAAAGUGUUUUUGUACAAUCAAAGUUGUUAGUGCAUCUGCAUUAAAAUAAGCUGUGAGCUGU